GCGGGAGGGGACUCGUAUAUAUAAACCCCACUCCCAACGGAAAUUCUUCAUUGCUAUUUGAAGAGACAGACAUUGCCACGUCUUUUCUCAUAGCUCAAUUGCUAUCUCAAUUCUUUGCGGAUCUUUAAUUCCUUGCAACUAAACCUCAAUCAAAAUGCGUGAGUGCAUCUCUAUCCACGUUGGACAGGCCGGAGUCCAGAUCGGUAAUGCCUGCUGGGAGCUGUACUGUCUUGAGCACGGCAUCCAGCCUGACGGCCAGAUGCCCUCAGACAAGACCGUGGGCGGUGGUGACGACAGCUUCAACACCUUCUUCAGCGAGACUGGCGCCGGAAAGCACGUGCCCCGCGCCGUCUUCGUCGACUUGGAGCCCACCGUCGUCGAUGAGGUCCGCACUGGAACCUACCGCCAGCUCUUCCACCCUGAGCAGCUGAUCACUGGCAAGGAAGACGCCGCUAACAACUAUGCCCGCGGCCACUACACCAUUGGCAAGGAAAUCGUUGACCUGGUCCUCGACCGCAUCCGCAAGUUGGCCGACCAGUGCACUGGCCUGCAAGGUUUCCUCAUCUUCCACUCCUUCGGCGGCGGCACCGGCUCUGGAUUCACCUCCCUGCUGAUGGAGCGUCUGUCUGUCGACUACGGAAAGAAGUCCAAGCUCGAGUUCGCCAUCUACCCCGCUCCUCAGGUCUCCACCGCUGUCGUCGAGCCCUACAACUCGAUCCUGACCACCCACACCACCCUCGAGCACUCCGACUGCGCCUUCAUGGUCGACAAUGAGGCCAUCUAUGACAUCUGCCGCCGCAACUUGGACAUCGAGCGCCCCACCUACACCAACCUGAACAGGCUGAUCGGCCAGAUUGUGUCGAGCAUCACCGCCUCCUUGCGUUUCGACGGCGCCCUCAACGUCGACUUGACUGAGUUCCAGACCAACUUGGUGCCCUACCCCCGCAUCCACUUCCCCCUGGUGACCUACGCCCCAGUCAUCUCCGCCGAGAAGGCCUACCACGAGCAGCUGUCCGUCUCCGAGAUCACCAAUGCCUGCUUCGAGCCCGCCAACCAGAUGGUCAAGUGCGACCCCCGCCACGGCAAGUACAUGGCUUGCUGCAUGCUGUACCGCGGUGACGUCGUGCCCAAGGACGUGAACGCUGCCAUCGCCACCAUCAAGACCAAGCGCACCAUCCAGUUCGUGGACUGGUGUCCCACUGGCUUCAAGGUCGGCAUCAACUACCAGCCCCCAACCGUGGUGCCCGGCGGCGAUUUGGCCAAGGUGCAGCGCGCCGUCUGCAUGUUGAGCAACACCACCGCCAUCGCUGAGGCCUGGGCUCGUCUGGAUCACAAGUUUGAUCUGAUGUACGCCAAGCGCGCCUUCGUCCACUGGUACGUUGGUGAGGGCAUGGAGGAAGGCGAGUUCUCUGAGGCUCGCGAGGACUUGGCUGCCCUCGAGAAGGACUACGAAGAGGUCGGCAUGGACUCCGUUGAGGGUGAAGGCGAGGGCGCCGAGGAGUACUAAGUGCUCUUCUCGACCCACCAACCUGAGGCUUGGCGGCAUUUUUUGUUUGGCAGUUACUGUUUCGGUUUGAUGAAAUCAUUCCAUGGAUGUCAAGCCUCUUGAAGGAAUAAAAAACAAAGAUCCUAAA